AUGAUGAGGUCGAGCUUGGCCUUGAAGUCGAGGAAUGUGGACUCCUUUCGCAAGCCGAGCGGGCGGGCGGGCGGCUGCCGCUCUGCCCACGGCGGUGGAGCCGGCAUCUUUGAAGUGUGGAGCGUGGCGUCGGACGCGGCGUGCAGGAGCCUGUGCCAGCAGGAGCCGAGCUGCGAGGCGUACGAGUGGGCAUCCAUCGGCAAGUCGUUCAGGCGGUGCGAGACCCACACGGCGCCGGUCACGCACGUGGUGCCGCUAGACGGCUACACCUGCUGGCAGCGCGUGCGUCGAGCGGCCGCCACUACGCGCCGUGUCCAGCCACCGCCGCCUCCGCUGCCUCCUCCAACGCUGGAUCCAAACAGCUGCGCCGUGUGCGGCCACCUGGGCGGCGGCUCGCUCAACUGCUGCGGGCCGGGCGGGUCGUGGGAGGGCCGCUGCGCUCACGACCCGGGCAAGAGCCGGAUCAACUACAUCGAGGGCUACAUCGGAGGCUUGGCGCAGCACCACCUGAUGCCGCGCUGCCCGUGCCUGUGGGUGCUCCCGGCAGGGCAGCAGCAGGGCGGCUGUCGCUCGGCGGUGGCGCGCGGGGUCUGCGUCUGCCCCGACGGCUCUCCCCACUUCGCCGCCGACAACAACGACGGCUGUGCGUCCCUCGCCUGCUUCGGCGCCAUCUCGGGCUCGUGCAACACGUCUCCGGGCGCCUGGUCGCACAAGCGAGUCACGUGCGGCGGCUGCAACGCGAUGCGCAGGGCGGACUUCCGCGGGGUCGACCUGUCCUACUCCAACUUCGAGGGCGUCGACCUCUCCGAGGCGCUGCUCGACGGCGCCGACCUCUCGCACGCGCGCCUCUCGGGCGCCACCGCCAGCGGCGCCUCCUUCGUGGGCGCAAGCCUGGUGGGAGCGGACCUGUCCGGCGCUGACCUUCGCUCGGCGAUCCUCGCGGGCGCGAGGCUGCAGGAGGCGAGGCUGUCGCGCGCCCGGCUCGACAACGCCAACCUGAGCUUCGCAGACUUGCGCCGCGUCUCGAUCGACUUCGUCGACGAGGCGGCCAACGCCACCUUCGACGGCGCUAGCAUGGAGGGGGCCGUCUUCAAGAAGUGCGUCCUCACUCGAGCCUCGUUUGAGGGGGCGAACCUCGAGGGCGCACGCUUCGACGACUCGAGCCUCGUCGGCUGCCGCUUCGGCGCGACGGCGCGUCUCGCGGGCGCCUUCUUCGCAGACAGCCGCCUCGACCUCUCCUCCUUCCGCGGCGCCCUCAUGGACGGCGUCCAGAUGGACAAGACUCGCGCUGUCCGCACCGACUUCAACCGCGCCUCCCUCCGCGGCGCAGAGCUGGUCGGUUGCCAGUUCUCCCGCUCCGACGCCCGCUUCGCCGACUUCACGAGCGCCGACCUGACCGGGGCCGACUUCACGGGGGCCCUGCUCUACCGCGCGGUCUUCCGCAAGGCCGACAUCACCGACAGCAGCUUCAGGCUCGUGAGGUAUCACGAGGCGGACUUUGCGGGGGUCAUCGGGCUGGCGACGGCAGACUUCAUGGACUCGCGGGGGAUUCCAAAGGGCAUGCCAAAGACGACCACAGUCUCGAGCUGGCGAGGAUAGCUUCCACAUAGCGCGCAGGCUCCACAGGCAGCGCGCACCCAAUCAAUACCGCGCAUUGACAUGUGCGGUGUUCGGUCUCACGCCCAUUUUUCAUGCACUCAUGCACAAUAAAAAGUGCUACACCCUACAGCUACACGGCUCACGCGUCACGGCUCACGUCGUCACUGUGUGCACAUACAAGAUACGUACAUACCGUAUAAACUAAUACUGGCACACCUGCCCCCGGCCCGGCUGCCGGGUGCCGCGCACGCCGCACGCCGCACGGCCACGUGCAGCCUGCACAUCGUCGUCCCCCACUCUUUCUCUACACUACAUUAACGUUGGACAAAUCACCGUCACUCGUUAGUGACGAUGGCUGCGACCGCGGCGUGGACGGCGUCCUCGAGCUCGUUAGUCAGCUCACACCCCUCGAGGUCGCCCUCGAGGUCGACGGCCCCCGUCGCCGAGUUGGAGCGGCGGAGCUUCACCUCCUGCAGCGAGGCGCCUCGGGGAGUGGGGGAGGAGGAGUCGUCGAUGGAGUCGUCGAUGGAGGAGAAGCAGCCGGGCAGCGGAGUGGGUAGCCCCUUUGACGCGCGGCGGAUCAUCCUCCGGACGGAGGCGUUGUCGUGCUCGAGUGCGAUGAAGGAGAUGGAGUCGUCCGAGGCGCAGGUCGUCCUCGAGGCGUUCGACACCUCGGAGCCGCCGGAGCGGAAGAGGAAGGAGGGAGACGCGGCGCGGCGCGGCGACGGAGUGCUAGGUGUGGUGGGCUGGCGCGGGCUUCCCAGGCCGAUGCUCGACGAGCGGCGCGGGCUGCCGGCUGAGCCCAUGCUAGAGCGACGGCGCAUGACCUCGUCGCCACCUCGAGCCAGGAGCAGGGCCACCAUGUCCUCGCCGGACUCCUCGAGCUCGGCGGCCAUGUGAAUCGGCGUCAUGCGGUAGACGUCCGGAAGGCCAAUCUCUCUGCACGGAGUCUGCCUCGUAAGGACUUCGACGGCUUGCAAAUGCCCGUGAGAGACAGCGACAUGCAGGGCCGUCUGCCCGUCCGAGUCUACCGCAUCCGCUCGCGCGCCCGUGGAAAGCAGAAACGCCAGCUGAGCUGACUCGCCGCGCUCCGCCGCCUCGUGCAACGGCGUGGAGCCCAGAUGAAGAGCGUCGCCGCGCUCCGCCGCCUCAUGCCCAGCCUCGUGAGGCGGCGUGAUGGCAGCCUCGGCGAGCGGCGCAAGACGAGAGGCGCUUGCCAUCGAUGAGG